AUGGCAUCCUUUUUCGAGCAUGGCAUACCUGACAUGAUUAAGACAACCUCCAUUGAGAAGGUGGUGGCACCUGUCAUCACUCACAUGUGUCACCUGGUUCUAAUAUGUGAGAGCGGGGAGGGGUCUGAGGAAUUCUCUGAGCUGGAGGGAGUGGCCGAGGGUGUGGCCAAGGCAUCGAAGAACAUGGCUGCAGUAGCUUCCAGGCUUGCGGCAGAGUCGGAUGAUGACAUCAUGAGGGAGGAGAUGGACCCAGUAGUGGCCUCUAUGAAGCUGUCAGGACAGCAUGUGCUGCUGACAGCCCAGAAACUCAGUAUCCAGCCCCACAUAGCUAAUCACAGGGAGGAACUUAUUACCUCCACUCAAAAUGUCCUGCUGGGAUUACUCAAGAUCCUCUUACUGGAGGACGAUGCCACUGUGAGGAAGAUAGUCACCGCAGGUCACUGGCUGCAGGAUUGCCUUUCCCAGCUGGAGGCAGCCCCGAAUAUUCCAGCCUUACUGAGGGCAUUUCAGGGCUUCUCAGAGGCUCUGUUGUUGCUCAACAACCUGGUAGAGAAUCGAGCCAAAGACCUGCGGGAUCCUGGGCAGCAAGAAAACUUGAGCCGCUCCCUGGAGACCCUGAAGAAGUGUGUCUCUAUGUUACAUACAGCCAUGUGCACCACCAUCAAGCAUCCCCAGAGUGAACAGGCUCAAGCUGCUAAGAAGUACAUUGUGGAGCAGGUGGACUCCACCAUCAUGGAGCUGAUAACAACUCUAAAGAGCAACUGCCAUGGGAGUUUCUUAAGCUCCUCAGGAUGCUAUAUUGACAAGCUACAGGGUUUGCUGCAGCUAUUAGAUAACCCAAAAGGCAAAGCUCACAGGAAGUAA